AUGCUAACAACAACAAUGAGAACUUCAACGACAACUAGCGCGCAGAAGGCGUGCGGCAGUUGGCCGUAUCUACAGCAUGUGGCGCCGCAUAAAUCGGGACCAUUUAAACGGCAAAUGACCAUUGACAGCAACAACAACUACAAUACGAACGCAUCGUCCAGCAUCAGCAACAUCAACAACAUCAACAACAACAGCAUCAUCAUCAGCAACAUCAUUAACAACAACAGCAACACCAUCAAUUUGGUCACCAUUCGAAGCAUGAGCAUUUACGAUUAUUUACAUCAACAUUUCAACACAAUUGCCAGCAGCGGAAGCGGAAGCAGCAACCAGAAGCGCCAACGACGCCACAAUGAUUACGAUGACGAGAUGUUGCAUUUGCUGCCAUCGCCGAAAGUGCGCAAGCACAACUAUUCAAACUAUCAGCGUCAGCAACAGGAGCAGCAGCAAAGACAACAGCUGCAGCAGCAGCAGCAGCAACAACAACAGCAGCAACAGUUGCCACAACAGUGGCAUCGCAGCAAGUGGCAGCGUGAGGAGGAGGAGCGGGAGCGCAGGCGGAAGCAGCAUGGCACAAAUACAACUAUGGAUAAUUAUGAUAUAAGAUUUUUUUUCUAUAUUAAUUCGCUAAUAUUAUUCACAAUGUCGUGUCGCCAAUAUGAGGGCGAUGACUUUAAGCAUUUCAUUGUUGAUCACAUCAGAGAGUUCGAUCGCGGACGCCGCAAGGCUCGCAAGCGACGCAAGCGCAGGAUGAAGCCACCAAAAGUGGCAGCAGUAAUAGAAACAACAACUCCAACUGCAACUGCAACAAGUGCUGCACAAAGCAAACUGCAUUUGUAGAUGGCAAAUUGAAAAGUGCUUCUUGCGAACUUUGCAUGAUGUUUUAGCUAAGACUUAUGUAACACUACACUAUGAUAUAAUUAUAACAAAAACAAGAAGAAGAAACACAAAAAUAAAAGAAAA